CUGCACAUCGGUUCAUUAUCGGUUUGUUUGGUUAAGGGCCCGCACGGGUGUACGAGCGCCGCGCCCUCGACCUCGGGCCGCGGGCUAUCGUCGCGGUGACUUCACUGAUAACAGCAGCUAAUAUAAUAAUUAAUACAGCACGCGUCAGGAAACACAUCGACACGGAAUUGCCGCUAGGCAGUGCAAUUAAUCGUCACUUUCGACCUAAUCCUCGCGUGGAUUGCUACAGAGCCUUAGGAUAAUGGUGGAGGACAAUAAGGCGGAGACGGUGCAUUUACGAGCCGUGGCCGAAGAAGGCCAGGGCGAGCCAUUUGGGGGCGACCAGCUCACCGGCGACUACGACCCACACUUACACAGGAAUCUGCCCAAGCCCACAAACAACUGGGAGACGCUAGUACAUUUGCUGAAAUGCAGUUUGGGCACCGGAAUAUUGGCCAUGCCGCAGGCCUUCGCUCGCGCAGGACUAGUGACCGCCGUCGUGUCUACAGUGGUGGUGGGCGUGCUAGUGACGCACUGUCUGCACGUGUUGGUGCAGUCGCAAUACGCGGCGUGCAAGCGGCUGCGCGUGCCUCUCCUCACGUACCCUGAAUCAAUGGCGGCGGCGCUGCAGGCGGGACCAGCUCCGCUGCGAUCUUUGGCGCGCCCUGCCGCCAUCACCGUCGACGUGUUCCUCGUCGUGUACCAGCUCGGCAUCUGCUGCGUGUACAUCGUGUUCAUUGCGGAGAACAUUAAGAAGAUCGUCGACCCACACUACGGGAUGCCGGUGGAGGUGCACAUGCUGAUCAUCCUGGUCCCGCUGAUCGCGUUCAACCUCAUCCCUAGCCUGAAGCUGCUGGCGCCAUUCUCCGCACUCGCUAACGUGCUUACGUUUGUGGGUCUCGGUAUCGUGGUGUACUACUUGCUUGCGGGGAAGAAGUCUACACAACCUCUGGACCUGUGGGGCUCGCCUGCUUCGUUCCCGUUGUUUUUCGGCACCAUACUGUUCGCGCUGACGGCGGUGGGCGUGGUUAUCGCCCUGGAGAACAACAUGAAGACGCCGAAGUCGUUCGGGUCGGCGUGCGGCGUGCUCAACGGCGGCAUGAGCAUCAUAGUGCUGUUGUAUGUGGUGGUGGGCGCGCUCGGCUACGUGUACUGCGUCUCCGAAUGCAGCGACUCAGUCACGCUGGACUUGCCGCCUGGCCCUGACAAUCUGAAUAUGACUGCGUGUAGGAUGCCGAAUGCGCCCGCCACUGCGGCAGAAGAGAUUGAUGUGGGGAGGAGAGCGACAGAGCUCAGUCGGCGUGAUGGGAGUUCACCGCUCCUCGCCGCCGGGCGGGACUAUGACGUUAUGAAUCGUCUCGGUUGUUCUAUGUUGGCAACGAGCGUGAUCGUGAUGUUUGCGGUGGCGAUCUUCAUCAGCUACGGGCUGCACUGUUACGUGCCGGUGGAGGUGGUGUGGCGCGGCUACGUGCUGCCGCGGCUGCAGGCGGCCGGCGUGUCCGCUGCGCGCCGCACGCUCGCCGAAUACGCGCUGCGCGUCGCGCUCUGUCUCAUCACAUUCGUGCUGGCAGUGAGCGUGCCGCAGCUGGGGCUGUUCAUCUCUUUGUUCGGCGCGCUGUGCCUGUCCGCGCUGGGCAUCUGCUUCCCGGCGUUGAUGGAGCUAUGCAUCUCGUUCCCUGACAAGUCGGGCGCGGCACGACUGCGGCUGGUGAAGGACGCGGCGUUGUUCGUGGUGGGCGUUGUGGGCCUGCUCGCCGGUACCUAUACGGCGCUGCUCGGCAUCAUCAGGACCUUCCAAAUCACCCCGUCCUCCACGGAGUCUCCGCUGCACGCAUAGUGAUGCGCAGCCCACCACCUAGCUAUCAUAAUUUAAAUAAACAUGUACACACCA